AUGAAAACGAGACACUGUAAACAGAAGUCCAGGAAGAUGAAAAGAUCGGGUGACAGUGAGGGAGAGAAGAGAAGAAAGAAACGCAGGCUACUACAGGAGUUGGGAGAUCAGAAGAUCCCUUUCCUGGGGCCGUCUGACCGGGGCUUCCAGCAGCUGUGGGACUCUAGUUACUCUGGCCUGGUGUUAAGGAGGUCCUGCUCCCUACCCACUGAACUUCAUGCCCGGGUUCAGGCAGCUCUUCUUACUCUGAGAAGCAAAGGCUGCCUUCUGAGGGAUUUGGUCCGAGUCCGCGACCGAGAUGUCUUUACCGCUGUGUCGCGGGCCCUUCUGGGGCAACCCGGACACACCUAUCGCUACCUGGACACACGGCUGUUCGCCAUUCCCUGGCACAGCGAAGAAGUUGAGGUCAAAAGCCAAAACUGCUGCGACGCUGAUCUCAGGGCUGCCUGCAAGGCUUUGUGGGAACUCAACAUCUUCUUCUGUUCUGACGUGUCUCAGAAUAAAGAGGGGGACCGGCUGGCUCAGUGUGUGAAGACGGGAGAGGUGGAGGCCAGACAGGGUGAAGAGGCAGAUGAGGAGUCGAAACACAGUGAAGACUCUAAGCACAGCGAAGGGGGGGACUCAGAGUCCAGGCACAGUGAGGAGGUAGACACAGAGUCCAAGCACAGUGAGGAGUGGGAUGUGGAGUCGAAACACAGUGAUGAAGGCUGCUCCAGCUCAAAAGCAGAAGGGGGGUGGGGGAUAGAGUCCAAACUCAGCAGUGAUGAGGGAGAGCCCGCCCAGGCUAAACAAAGUGAACUGGGGUCAAAACAUAGUGAGGGAAAACAGCCUGCACGAACGCAAACAAGCAGCAGCACCUCAGAGACCAAAUUAAUGGAGACGGGGUCCCGGGAGAAACCUGUGGCCGAACUGAAGCACAGCCUGUCCGGUUACCACAUUGAAGAUGAGGAGGAGCAGGUGAGUGCCCAAAGCUGCUCCCAGCCUAGUCCUCCAGAGAUGUGCACUGGUCCAGUCCAGUUCAAUGUCACCUUGCUGAACUACAUGGACCCAGCAGCUAUGACCCAGCUCAAAGAAGAACCUUACUACGGCAUGGGGAAAAUGGCUGUGGGAUGGCACCAUGACGAGAACCUGAUCAACCACUCGCCAGUUGCUGUCUACAGUUACAGCUACCAGGAUGACAAAGGACAGACAGGUGGGAGCAGUGAGGGAAGCAGCAGUGAGACGGUGUGCUGGAGGAUUGGGCUGAAGGUAGCCUGGGACAUCCACACUCCUGGCCUGACUGUGCCACUGCAGUCUGGAGACUGCUACUACAUGAGAGAUGACCUGAACAGCACCCACCAACACUGCGUGCUUGCUGGUGAUUGCACCCGCUUCAGCUCCACGCACAGAGUGGCUGAGUGUUCCAGCGGAACCCUGGACUACAUCCAGUCUCGGUGCAAAGAGGCCUUGUCCAACAUGAGCACAGACCCAGAGACCGGCUCCCACAGCUUGCUGUCCCUGCUGCCUGCCAUGCUACAGAACUGUGAGGAGAUUCACAACGAGGUGGAGUUUGAGUGGCUGCGUCAGUUCUGGUUCCAGGGCCGGCGCUACACUCGCUUCUGCAGCUGGUGGAGCAGACCCAUGGAGCAACUGGAGAAGGACUGGAGGCUGAUGGAGACCAUGACGAUGCUCUUCCUGUCGCUGGUGGAGGAGGAAGGCAGAGUCGGGGACAGCAGGAGGGACUUGGCGGAAACCCUGCUCGCUGCUCUGAUUGACAGGCAACAGCAAAGACAGACAUGGAGAGAAAGGUGCCAUUCCAGUCUGGCCCAGACGUUGCCCCCAGAGGAAGCCCCUGUGGACCGGCCCUUCUGGGGCGUGGAUGAUUCCAGCAUGCCGCUCCCCUUUGACCUGGCUGACAUCAUCAAUAGGGUGGAGUCACUUCUCUGGAGAAUGUGAAGAAGGAUGAAGAAAAAUUGAAGGAGAGAGAAAGAAAAAAAAACACCAGCUUUUCUCAAUGGCCUCCACAUCAACUUGGGGACUAGGUAGACUGAAGACGACCCAUAAGUGAUCACAACGAAAUUUAAUUUCUUUUUAAAGCUUCCACGGUCUCCACCCCCCCCCCCCCCACCCUAGAGUAGCCCCCUAACAGACUCCCAGCACAUCUCACCUAACCAGUAUCUUGGUUUCUGAUUGGAAGGAUACCGGGUACCCAUCCCUGAUGAUAAGAACCAGAAUAGUGCUUCACUAACGCGCUAACAAAGCAAGCUUAGCACUAAGUUACUAGUCUCAUAAUGGUCUAACAAGAUGCAAGUGGAGCCUGCAAUUUCAGUGUUAGCAUUCUUCGUGUAGGUAUUUAUUAUUUCACUGUAGUCUGCUGCUUAAUCUCAUGUAACCCGGACUUGCUAUUUCAGUGGAUCGACUCUUUUCCAGUAGUCACACUUCAUUCAGUAAAGUAUGCUUUCUUCAGCUCACACAGUGUUAUAGGUCAUAAUGGCAUGGUGAAAAACUAGCUCACUUUGUAUUGCAUUCUUCACUUUAAGUGUUAGUCAUGAUAGCCCUUUUUUUGUGUUCGGACGUGAGAGGAGCCUGAAAAGACCAAAGAAGGAUUUGUGAUAUGAAAGUUAUGAAUGUCUGAAUGUCAGUUGAUGAAGAACAUGAAGAAUGUUUUGUAUGAUGUUUACAUUUUGAUGGUGUGUUUGUGUUCAGUUUCUGUGUCUGCUUGUGUUAGUGUGUGUGUGCACACGCAUCUCCUUUCCAUUCAUGAUUUUAAAUUGUGAGCCUUUUUGCAUAUACUGUAUGUGUUGACCCCCCCAGUCCAAAGACAUGUAAGGCAGGCGAAUCGGAGAUGCUAAAUUGCCCCUAGGUGUGAAUGUGUGCAUGGAUGUGUCUGUCUGUGUGUCUGCCCCACGAUGGACAUGUGACCUGUCCAGGGUGUUUGCCCGCCCUCCACCCAAUAGCGCUGGGAUGGGCUCCACCACCCCACCACCCUAAUUAGAUGAGCAGCUUGAAUGAAUGUUAAGUGUGUGAGAGUGAGCACAAUGUGUGUGUGCAUGAGUGUUUGCAUGCAUGUGUGGGUGUGUGCAUGCGCGCAUGUGUGAGUGCAUGUGUGCACGUGUGGGUGUGAGAGAGGAUGCAUUUGUGUGUGCAGGUGACCCGUUAGCGUAGUCUUGUGAGUGGAUCUUUUAGCGUACUGGUGCUCUCGCAUCCAUGUGUGUUCCCACACACAUGAAGGCGUGUGUAUGUGUGUGUGUGUGUGUGUGUGUGUGUGUGUGUGUGUGUGUGUGUGUGUGUGUGUGUGUGUGUGUGUGUGUGUGUGUGUGAGAGAGUCUGAGUGCGUUACGGGUGUGUGAGCCUGUAGUCAGCCUGCGAGUUGUUUGUGCUGUGAGAUGCACAUAUGGAGAGACAGUAGCGACGGGGCCCUCUCUGCCUCUGCUCUGAUGAAAGGCAGCACUGAUAGAAUGACCCGGAACACAACCGCCGCUUCUCAUAAUUACAGCUGUUCAAUCGCUUUUAAUUACUCUUAAAGCGUGUAGAGCACCACAUUCCUCUGUAACGCUGCAGGCCAUCGGAGAAA